GCUAUUAUUUAACAAUAACAGUUAUAAGUUGUAAUAAUUUGCGGAAAAUUAAUUGCAAAAAUAAUAGUUAAUUGAUCAACUAAAUUAAAAAACAAUCUAAAGAAGAAAUAAAAGUUCUGAAGAUGACUGACAGCUUGGUAACGAUGUCGUUGGCUAAAAAACCAGUCACUAAGGCCAAAAAAGCGCGCUCGAAACCAACACACCCGCGAACUGCGGAUAUGGUGAACGCCGCGAUAAAAUCUUUGAAGGAUAGAAGCGGAUCUUCGCUGCAAGCUAUCAAAAAGUACAUCAAUACAACUUACAAAGUCGACGCUGAAAAACAGGCGCCAUUUAUUAAGAAAUAUAUUAAAGCUGCGGUUGAAAGCGGAGGGCUGGUCCAAACCAAGGGAAAAGGCGCCGCUGGAUCUUUCAAACUCUCCGUUCAUGGUGAAGCUACCAAACGAGGAAGUAAACCUGCCAGCAAAACCACCAGCAGACCGAAAAUUCCGGCUAAAACUGUCAAGAAGGUCAGGACUCCUGUGAAGAAAGCUGUCAAAAGUCCCAGGGCUGUCAAAAAGAUCGAAGUUGUGAAAAAAACCGCGAAAUCUAUCGCUGUGAAGAAGAAGACGGUCAAGGGUCCAGCUGCCAAGCUUUCCAAGGUCAAGGUCAACUCCCCGGCCAAAACUGUCAAUAAGGUAAAGAAGAGUCCGGUUAAAGCGAAAGCUGCGAAGAAGGUGAAGAAAGUUGUGAAGAAAAAGUGAAUUUUUUUUUUAAAGUGACUUGGAGUCUUGAUGGAUCUCACUGAUUUUUUUUUCUUGAAUUUUAUGAUCUGAGAGAUAUGUUCUUUGGUUGUUUAAAUUUUUUUGAGAUAUAUUUAAAUGUUUUUUAUUAUGUAUAGAUUUAUGUAUUGAUAUUAUUAUUUAUUGUUAGCAUUUAAGUUAUUAAUCAUGUGUACAUACUGUUCAUUUAAUCAUUUGAAUUAUCUUUUUUGUAUUAAAUAAAAAUAACAUAUUUUAGUUUA